AUGAGCAAAUUUUCAUACCGCCUCGCGUCAUAUUGUGGUCGUGACUUGAGCGGAGCACGUGAUAAGUUACUCGUUGAAGCUCUCAAAACUCAAAAAAGUCAACCAGAAAAUCUUAUCAAAAUCGUAAAUGCUUUAAAC